CUUAAGUAAAGCUUAGUUAUCUGAUAGAAUUUAGUAUACAUAUAGGAUUGAAUCCACUCCAAAUUUCUCAGACACCGUUUAUGAAAAUUAUUGAGAAGAUAUGAAUAUCGCUAGCUCCAUUCUAAUUCUCACAUUUGCGGUUUAUUUGGAUUUUGUUGAUUGCGACGCAGGUGUGUCACCACCCUCUCCUGAAUGGACCGCGAUGACUUAUUAUAGUGUUCCAUUGAAAUUUAAGAGGGAUCCUAAAACUAGAGAUGUGAUCGAUAUUGAGCUUCAAUAUAACCAGGGGGCUCGAAAAAUCGAACGAAAUGUGGGAAUCACGCGUGUAUCUAAUCCUGAACUGCAUCUGGAGUUCGUUGAGUUCGUAAAUCUCAUCACUGGAGAACGGAUCGCACUUGCCCCUAUGACUGCAGAAACCCGAAAACUUUUAGAUGAUGAAAAAAAACGCAUUGAAAAAUACAUGCCUAAAAAUCUGAAACAUAACAAAAGCCACCAGAGCAUGUAGGUACUUGGAAAUCAAAUUUAAGUAUCUUUUAUAAAUCUAAUCACUGACAUAAAUAAAGAAGACA